AUGAUUUUCAAAGUUAUUGCAUGCAUCAGUAUCUGCAUUGGCUGGGGGAAUGCCUUUGAGGUUUUCCAGCCCAACCGAGUGGAAGCAAACAACAGUGGGGUAGCCAGGCUGAGAUGCAACUACAACUUCACAGGGAAGGGAGAGGAGUUCAGAAUCACACUCUUCCGGGGAAUCAGCGACCAAACCAUCGUCUGCGCCUCUUCUUUUCAUCUUCCUAACACCACCUUCGAGACCAAAGAAGGGCUGUUCAGCUGCCAGGGUGAGGCAAGCAGGAACAGUGUGGACCUCACCAUAUCGGGGAUGAGCAGCUUCGAUACAGAUAUCUACAAGUGCCGGGUGGAAAUAAUGUACCCACCACCGUAUCGACAGAGGGUGGGAAAUGGAACUGUGAUUUACAUUCCAGAAAUUCAGACUUGUCCUAAAAUUGAAAGCAGUAUGGAGUGGAUCUUCGUGGCAGUCUCUGGCUGUAUAAUAGCAUGCACUGUGAUCAUAAUAGCUGCCAUCUUGGUAAUUAGGAUUUGUCAACAGAACAGGAAAGCUGACUAUGUUGAUAUGUCACCGGUAAUAUCAGAAAAGAGAAACUCUAAUAACCGCUAUGUAAUUUUGUGAAGUGAAUAAGAAUGGUAUUUUUUGUUUUUGUUUGGAAACAAGCAUUAUCAGAUAUACUGUACAUAGCAGACUCAAGCCUUGCCACCAAGGUUCAGUUUAUGUGAUCUGAGUUAACUGCUGUAUGUUAAAUGUUUAUUUUGGGCAGUGAUGUCACUUCUCUACAAUGAGGUGUGACAUCACCAUGAACCCUGUAAAAUAUUAUCUCACCAUAAUUUAGCUGUCUUGUGAAAUCUAUAUUGAUUAAAAUUACACGUUCCAAAAUUUGGAUUUUAUUUAACCUAAUACCGUAUGCAAAAUCUUGUCAUGAACACCAAUGUUAAUUUUCUGUGAAAAAUAUGAGUUGCUUUAACAAGCGUUUGAAUGACAUAUUAUUUAGAUAUUUAGAUAAUGAAACAGUGGAUUAUGUUAUAAAUGGUGCCUUAUCUCAAUAUUUAAAGUUUCUUCAUUUAUGUGUAAUAAAUUGCCUUCUUCUACUCUAUACCACUAGGUGGCCCUGUUGUUCUGCAAGCUUCUCUGGUUUACAAAACAGUUCUAAA